CGGGGGCAAAGGGACCCGCCGUCGCCCUGGGGCUGAACUUGGUGAGGAUCCACUGCCAGAACGAAGUUGUCUACCAGUACCAUGUGGCCUUCAGCCCCGAGGUGGAGUGCAGGAACACACGCUUUGCCAUGCUGAAGGAGCAGCACGCCGUCACCGGGGAUGUUUUGGCCUUUGACGGCUCCAUCCUCUUCCUGCCCAUCCAGAUUCCCAAGGUCAGCGUGAAGGCUCAGAGGAAGAGCAAUGGGGAGGAGGUUUCCAUCACCAUCCAGAUGACCAAGGUCCUGGAGGCCAGCUCGGAUCUCUGCAUCCCCUUUUACAAUGUGGUUUUCCGGAGGGUGAUGAAAAUCUUAAACAUGAGCCUGGUUGGGAGACAUUUCUUUGAGCCUGCCCAGGCCACCACCUUGCAUAAACACAGCCUCCAAAUUUGGCCGGGAUACGCCGUCAGCAUCCGGAAGAAGGACGGCGGGCUCUUCCUCAUGGUGGAUUCCAUCCACAAAAUCAUCCGCAGCGAGUCCGUCCUGAGCAUGAUGCAAACAAUCCACUCCCAGAGCCAGAAGACGUUCCAGGACGAGUGCACCAAGGAGCUGGUGGGCAGCGUGGUCAUCACCCGCUACAACAACCGCACCUACCGGGUCGACGACAUCGACUGGGACAAGACCCCCAGGGACACUUUCACCCUGGCCAGCGGGGAGGAAAUCACCUUCGUGGAGUACUACAGCAAAGCCUACGGGAUCACCAUCAGGGAUCUGGACCAGCCACUGCUCAUCCACAGGCCCAAGGAAAAACAGACGAUGGACAGGAAGCGUCAGCUGGACAUGGUGGUGCUGGUGCCAGAGCUCACCUUCCUGACCGGGCUGUCCGACCUGCAGAAGAACAGCCGGACGCUGAAGGAGGUGAUGUGGGAGAUGAUGCAGAGCCCUCGGCAGCACUACCUGCGCCUCACCAACCUCCUGCGCCAGAUCCGCGACAGCCCGGAGGCCUCCCGGGAGCUGGAACGCUGGGGGCUGCACCUGGACACGGAUAUCUGCAGGACCCAGGGUCACAUCCUGCCCUCGGAGCGGAUCAACCUCCGGAACCACUCCUUCUUCCCCGAGGAGGACCUGAGCUGGCACAGGGAGGUGACCAAGGAGGUGUCCAUCUCGGCGAUCUCCAUAAAUUCCUGGCUCCUGGUGUAUCCCAAGCGGCUGCAGCAGGUGGCCCAGGACCUGCUGGCAGCCGUGAGGAGCACCUGUGGGGCCAUGGGGAUGCAGGUGGGACAGCCCACGGUGCAGGAGCUGCGGGACGAGCGCAUCGAGUCCUACGUCAAGAGCAUCCGGAGCGGUUUGGGAAGCCAGGAAAAGGUGCAGCUGCUCGUGUGCAUCACCCCCCGCAACAGGGACGACAUGUACGGGGCCAUCAAGAAGCUGUGCUGCGUCCAGGCCCCUGUGCCCUCCCAGGUCAUCAACGCCCAGUCCCUCAUGGGCCAUCCCGGCAAGAUCAGGAGCGUGGUCCAGAAAGUUCUGCUGCAGAUCAACUGCAAGCUGGGCGGGCAGCUCUGGGGGGUUGACAUCCCGCUGAAACAGCUGAUGGUUGUUGGCAUGGACGUCCACCACAGCCGCAGCCAAGGGAUGCGCUCCGUCAUCGGCUUCGUGGCCAGUAUGAACCACAUCCUCACCAAGUGGUAUUCCAGGGUGGUUUUCCAGAUGCCCCACCAGGAGAUCGCCGACAGCCUCCGGCUCUGCCUCUCCCAAGCCCUCCAGCGCUUCUACGAGCUGAACCACUCUCUGCCCAUGAAGAUCGUGGUGUACCGGGACGGGGUGUCCGACCCCCAGCUGGACACGGUGCUCAAGUACGAGGUGCCCCAGAUGCAGAAGAGCUUCCACACCUUCGAGAACUACCAGCCCAGCCUGGUGGUCGUGGUGGUGCAGAAGCAAAUCAGCACCAACUUCUACGGCCUGACGGGAGAGGAGCUCACGUCCCCCCCGCCCGGCACCGUCCUCGACCACACCAUCACCACCUCGGGCUGGAAGGAUUUCUUCCUGCUGGCCCACAGCUCCCGGCAGGGCUGCAGCAUUCCCACCCGCUACAUCUGCAUGUGGAACACGGCCAACCUGAGCCAAGAGCACCUCCAGAGGCUGACCUUCAAGCUGUGCCACCUGUACUGGAACUGGCCUGGCACCGUCCGUGUCCCAGCCCCCUGUAAAUAUGCCCACAAGCUGGCAUUCCUGGUGGGGCAGGUGCUGCACCACGAGCCCAGCGCCCACCUGAGCGAGCAGCUCUUCUUCCUUUAGUGUUGCCAGGGCAGGAAAACCGGGAUUGGGCCUGGAAUUCCGCUCCCCAGCCGCCAACAUGGGGGAAUCUUCCUUAAUUCCCCGUUCUGUUGUUAAUUUAUUCCCGUUAUUUAUUGGGUUUUAAGGGUUGCAGUGUCGGUUUGAAGGACGCUGGGGAGUGUCCCAGGGCUGGGUUUAUCCCCCUGGGGGUGAAUCCAAAGGAAUAUCCCCCUGUUUUCCAGUCCUCCCAGUAAAGGGGGUUGAGUUAACAAACCCCAGAGGUGCUGCUGCUCCCACAGCUCGUCCCUGUGCAGGUGCUGGUGUAAACCCCAAAGAUCUGGGGGGUUUUUUUCUUGUGUUUCCAGGGAGGUUUCAAGUUUUUCCUGUGGUUUUUUUUUUUUUGUCUUUUUUCCAAGGUGCUGUUGAACAAACCAGCCCCAGGUUUGGCUGGUUCUCCUGUCCUUGAGGAGUCACUGGUUCCUCAAGGAGAAUUCUCUGUGCAUUCAGGUCGUUGUCCCAAGGGGGAAAGUUUUUGAGUUCUCACCUUUUUCAGGUGUGGGGGUUUUUUUUGCCUUAGUCAGGAGAUGUUUGAGACCUUCGAGCCUGGGGCUGUGAGACCACGAAAAACACCCUAAAACACCCCAAAAGAUGCCUCAAACCCCUCCUUGUGCAUCCCCAGCAGGGAUGGGGGUCCAGCAGGACCCUCCUCCCAGCCUCUCCCCUCCGUUUUAAUGCCAAAAAAGUUGGAAUUCCUCUAUUUUUUUGCCUUUGCUGUGACCAGUUUUUGGUUCUUUUCAAUAAAACUGUUGCUGGCA